UUCGCCGCCAGGCAGAGGGGUGCCCCGCCUCCCUAGGCAAGCCGUAUGGCCAUGUAGUGUGCCGCUCACACGCUAACUGCGCGGUACAGUUGGAAAACUACAUGGUCUGGCACCCUGACGCAUGUACGGUGUGCUAUGAGAUGGUUUCCUCUCUAGUUGAUGAGCAUGCCGACCCAGCAACCCGGCACGAAGCAAGGAUCAACCUAAUGAAGUGGGUGGCCGGCUUUGGCAAGAACGCCCCAAAAGGACAGCCAUACGUGCUAGCCGCAGGACUUUGUGCUCUCCUUUUCCAAGGGGCCACAGCCACCACAGCGGUGCCAGUGGAGAUAGCGGAACCGUUGAUUGAAGCUAUCCGGUUGGCAACCAUGCCGGCCACCUACGACCAGGACUUGAUGGACGACGUGGCGGCCAUCAACAUAAACCUUGAACCCAUGGUCACGGAGGAACAGGUAGGUGGGGAGGUAAGCGAGGCGAGUCUUUUACUUAGUCCUACUCCUUCUUCUUCCUCUUCCUUCCUGGUCUUCUCCAGGCCCACCCCUCCUGCUGCGGGAGCACUGUCUGUCGCUCCCAAAGUAAAAACCCUGAAAACAAAAACCCUAAAGAAAGGCACAAAACCAGCUCCGCCAGCGGCGACGGAGUCGUCCUCGGCCCCACAGCCGUCAACCUCUGCUCAAUCGCCUGCUGCCCUAAACCCUUCCCCUACUGUGGGAACGGGUUUACAGUCCACCGUUCCUAGGGCGGCGGAGUCUGGGGUUGACUUAGAAGCCUUCACUAGCCUUCUGUUGUCGAAGGUUAGUGGAGUCAUAGAUCAGAGGCUUGAGGCAAUGUGCCUUGCCUCAGUCCCAGAUGCCUCCGGUCAGGCGUUUACGUCUCUGACUGAGAGGAUAAAACCUUUGGAGGAUAUGCUCUCCGGACUCUUCCACUCCGGUACUCCGGCGCUAUCCAUGAUGGUACCGGACGCGUCCAAGCUUCCUCCUUUUGAUAAGGAGAAUCCUUGGAGGCUAGCACUACAUGCCCCGUUCUCGGAUGGGAAACUCACAAUUGAAGGGUGCGGAACCUGGCCAAUUGAGGACUUUGGGUUGUCUCCAGGCCUCUAAUUCCCAUUCCCCGGGUUUGUGAGACUGGCUAAACAUGCGCUGGCCUGGGUAGAUAAAGUCCCCAAGGAGACGGUUAUCUUCCCAAGAGAGCAGGCUCAAAACACCUGGGUCCGCACCUUGUCCGAAUGGGGUUGCGUUAACACAAAGUUAACGCCACAAGGCUCCUUCACUAUGUUUGUGACCCUGG